AUGUCGCUCCAACGAACACCCCCUAAAACACCUAUCACAUUUACUAUAGGCCAUACCCAGUCAGAAUCGGAUUUGAAUUCGUUACAACUUCGCGCCUCCUUUGUAAAUAUAAACCGAAACAAGCGCCCGCGCCAUACCCAAUCGCCUGGAGAAGAAGACCACGAUCUCAAGCAAAAAAUAGUGGCGCUGUUGUUGAAUGGUUGGAAAUCAGAACUUGAUAGUAAAUUCAAAGACAUGUGUGCCAGACAAAACUCGCUUAUUGCUAAAAUCUCCACCGAAAUUUCAGAGCUGAAAACACAAACCUUUAAAAUUAAAGAAUCAAACGACGAAAUAGUGGCCUCAAUGUCCUUUAUUAACAAGCAGUACGAGGAAAUAAAAUCUGGUCUAGACUGCCUGCAGAAAGAAAGGCUAGAACAACGGAAGUGCUUGGAGAAUUUAGAAAGAAAAAUGCAAGAUCUACAAUUAAAAUCACGAUCAUCUAGCUUUGAAAACUAUAACAAAAUCAUUAUUACGGACAAAUCAAGGACACCAGCUAUGGAACCUAUUGCUCGUGCAAGUUGGACACUUGAACAAUUAAAAAGCGCCAUGGACGCUGUUACAGGAGGAGUCAUGUCUCAACGUAAAGCAGCCAGGACGUAUGGUAUUCCUAGAAGAACGCUGAUAAACCACCUCAAAACGGGCAAAGUAGAAAAGCAAAUAGGACGUCGCACAGUUUUGACCGCAGAGCAAGAAAAUGAUCUAUCAUUAAGGAUAAAAAAACUUGCAUCCAUAGGUUUUCCCUUAACGCCUAAAAUCAUACGUCAUCAAGCAUUUCUUUUUUGCGAAAAAAAUAACAUACCAAAUAAAUUUAAUAAAUAUAAGAAACGAGCUGGAAAAGAUUGGUUAAAAUUAUUUCUUAAAAGGCAUCCUGAAAUUACAAAACGCAAGGUCCAGAUUUUAAACCCAGGCAGGGCUCAAAAAAUGAAUAAAUCAAUAGUAACAAAACAUUUUGAGGCAUAUAAAAAAAUAUACGAGCAACUAAAUAUCAGAGCAAAUCCACAGCGCUUAUUUAACAUGGACGAAAAAGGUUGCAGACUAACCAUACACAAACAACCAACAGUUUUGGCUAAAAAGGGAUCAAGAAGAGUUCAUAUGGUUGCACCUGAACAUGCCGAAAAUGUAACAGUGGCUGCUUGUGUGAAUGCAUUAGGUAAUCCUAUACCUCCAAUGAUAAUCUUUAAGGGUAAAAGGCUGAAGCCUGAAUUCAGAGAUAAUUUACCUUCAGGGGCACUUGUAAAAAUGGCUCCCAAAGGAAGUAUGACUUCGUCAUUAUUCGUAGAAUUUAUUCAUCAUCUAGGAAAAUUUAAACCGGAAGGUAAGUGUCUAUUAGUUUUUGACGGUGCGUCAUGCCACCUUGACUAUGAUAUUGUUGACGCAGCAGAUGAGGAGGAUAUUGUUUUAUACUGUUUACCAUCUAAUACGACGCAUGAACUUCAACCAUUGGAUAAAAGUGUAAACAAAUCGUUUGAACACUACUGGGAUCAAGAAACUUUAUCAUUUUUGUAUCAGUACCCCGACAAAAAAAUAACGAAAACACGAUUUAACUUAAUUUUUAAUAAAGUAUGGUCAAGCUGUAUGACUCACGAAAACAUAGUCAGUGGAUUCAGAGCUACUGGGCUCUAUCCCUACAAUCCAGAAGCAAUACCAAAUGAAGCAUAUGCUCCCUCUGUUCUGACUGAAAGACCACCAGAGCAAGAACAUGUAUCCACAGUAGAUAUAUCUCCUGCUCCUGGUCCUUCCAAUAUAAAUUUACGAUUAAUUGAUAGUCCUAGAGCGGACAGUUCCGACUCCGAUCAGACAUAUUUUAACAGAAGUCCAUGUUCACCAUCUUUGCUACAACCAACUGGGCCUAGCCCUUUAUCACCACCAUCUAUCCCAGAAGCAUAUAGUCGCUUUAAUAAGAAAAUAGUAAACUACAGCUCAACUGAUACAGAUCCUGAAAAUUACCACACUACAAUCACCAGACCAAUAAUUUAUAGUUCUGAGUCUGAUUCCUCUUUUGACGAAGCAUUGAUUUCCCAACACAUACAUCGCUCAAAUUUCGAAUCUAUAACUAAUAUAUAUAGUUCUUCCGAUGAUGAGAACAGAAACCCAGGAUCAAUAGAACAACAUACUCCUAUCAAACAGAUUAAUAUUUCAAGUACUCAUGUGGACGUAAUAGGACGUGACCACCACCUUGUAUCAAGCGACGAAGAUUCAGAAGACAAUAUUCCUUUAGAAAACUUGAGAGUUCCUUCAAAUUCUGCAACAACAUCUUCAUUCCAGCAAUUGAUACCCACACCUAAUUAUGUUGUUAUUAAAAAUAAACCAAGGCGAAGAAAGGCAAUAAAUUAUAAGGGUCGCAUAAUAACAAAAGAUUUAUUCAAAGAAAAGGAAAAGAAAAAAGAAAUGAAAAGAAGCAGGAAAACAGAACACGAAUCUCAAAGAUAUGAAAAAUCACGCAAAAAACCAAAGAUAGACUUAAAAAAAAAAACAAAAAAGACCAAAGAAAUAGAUGACGAUAAUGAUAAAUGGUACUGCCACGCGUGUAAUGCUGAACGUUGUGAAGAUAUGCGUCAGUGUCCACUCUGCCGAAAAUGGUUUCAUGAAGAAUGUCUUGCCACUUACGCCAAUAGGUUUUCGAAUAUUUGGCACUUAUCUUGUGCGCGCAAACACAAAGCUCUCGGUUACACUAUAAUAGUUAUCCCCACUAAACACGUUGCCAGGCCGUGCGAUCAUUCAGUGUUCUGUGAUACGUUGCCCAACCGCCACGCGUGCGUGCGAGUGUUUUUAGCGAGCAGUUUCGUAAACGGAGAAGAUAUGGCUCAGAAACAACGAGCAUGUGAUAUUAUCGGGCAGGCAUUACGCAAUUCACAACAAAUAAAGCUUCAGAAAAUUCGAAGAAAAAUCUAUUUUGAUGUUCAACCAGACGAGGACAUAAAUAGGUACAAACAGAAUUAA